AUCAGAGCGACGGUAAAGGACGUAGCUGGUGCGGUGGGAGGCAGAUGGCGUCGCGCCGCUGAAUUAGAGAAGAAGAGAAGUCGUCCACAGGCGUCUACAGAUGAAAUAUAAAUGUGAAUAAUUGACCUCAGAAUAGUCAAGUAAUGGCAAGUGAUGUGUGAAGUGCUGUGCAGACCAGCAUUGCCACUUUAGAAUUUGCUGCUUGGAAGUUGCUGUUUUCAUUGUGUGUUGUGUUGUGAACUUGAAAUGUAUCAACACACAGAAUGGACCAGAAAAGAACUGCAGCUCAUAAUAAACCGAGAUGAUUCUAACAAACUGUAUUAGCCAAUCAGAGUGAUGAAAAAAUUCAUUUGGAUUGUGACUGGCGGGUGACUGAGUCUUGUCAACCUAAAGUUUAUCCAUGAAUGACCUUAGGCCCCCCACUUGGGUAAGGGGACAAGGGCCAUAAUUUUGAAAACCAAAGGACCAUUUCUGCCAUUGCUUCCCUUGGGCUUCUUUCUCUCUCUCUCUCUCUCUGACCCUCUAAUAAUGGGAAGUAUUAUUUGUUCUCAGUAAAAUCACACUUACUCGGUAUCCUUUAUCCUUUCUCAGUGGGCCAAGGGAAGGCCAUCACUCAAGGGAACGGCAACAUUAGGGCGCAAAUAUAACGUGCACAAUCCAAUAAAAAGGAAGAAUUUCACAGUUGUACUACCACCCAGAGUUUCCUUUCAACAUAUGCCAUGGAGAAGAAAGAAAAUGUAGACAUUAAGCAAGAAGACGGUGAAUGGGAACCUAUGCAACAUCUGAAGAAGGUUACUGACUUUGAGGACACAAAGGAUUGUAAAUGGGAACCAAUAGUCAUUAAAGAUGAGUCGGAGUCAACCUCUGUUACCACUGACUUGCAAAAAAAUGAAUUUAUAAAGCAUGUCAAGGUAGAGGACUUUAAAUCGGAGUCUGUCUCUCAAGAGUCUGUGUGUCCAGAUGAAGAGCUAACUGGAACGGACUUCACAAACCGUGGACCUGGCUCCCUCCAGAAUCAUUCUGUCCAAGUGAAGACCGAACCUUUGGAUUGUGACGUGCAGGAGAUUAAAAAAGCUUCAUGUUCAAGGUAUUCUGGAGAAGAUUUACAAGAAAGUGGCACCUUCUUCCCAUCUUCAUUUCCUGACACUGCUCUUCACUCUAGACCACAGCAAAAUGAAUACUUGAACAGACUGACAUCAGAAUCAGAGACUUUGAUUCCAACCUCUUUGGCAGAUGUGAAGUUAACAAGUAUAAAUUCAAGCAACACUCAAGAGCGGGUGCAUGAUACAAAUUCAGCUGCAUUGUUCGUCCGCCAAGAGCAUACUAAAACUUCUAAACAAAAAUGUAGAACCAAGCAAAAGAAGAGUCGUACACAACGGAAGCCUUUUUGCUGUACUGAGUGUGGAAAACAUUUUUCUCACAAAUGCCAUCUUCAAGCCCAUAUAAGAAUUCACACUGGAGUAAAGCCAUAUUGCUGUUCUCAAUGUGGCAAACGAUUCUCACAACUAGGUCACCUUCAGAAACACACAAGAAUUCAUACUAGAGAGAACCGAUUUUCCUGUUCUGAAUGUGGUGAGCAAUUCUUCGAUAAACGCAGUCUUCAUUCACACACAAGAGUUCACACUGGAGGAAAUCCAUACCGUUGUUCUGAGUGUGGGAAACAAUUCAGCAAGAGUAGUCAUCUUCAAACCCACACACUAAUUCACACUGGAGGGAAACCAUAUUGCUGUUUUGACUGUGGCAAACAGUUCUCACAAAGAGGCAAUCUUCAGACCCACAGACGGAUUCACACUGGAGAGAAGCCAUAUUCCUGUUCUGAAUGUGGCAAACGAUUCUGUACCAGUGGCAGCUUUCAGAGACACACAAGAAUUCACACUGGAGAGAAACCAUAUUUCUGUUCUGAAUGUGGCAAACAAUUCUCACAAAUAAGCAACCUUCAGACUCACAUGAGAAUUCAUACUGGAGAAAAACCCUUUUGCUGUGCUGAAUGUGGAAAACAGUUUGCUAAAAAACGCAAUCUUAAGUUACACACAACAAUUCACUCUGGAGAUAAGUUAUACAGCUGUUCUGAGUGUGGGAAACAAUUCACUACCAGUGAUAAUCUUCAGAUUCACAGAAGAAUUCACACUGGAGUGAAGCCAUUUUGCUGUUCUCAGUGUGGCAAACGAUUCAUCACCAGUGGUAAGCUUCAGGUUCACACAAGAAUUCACACUGGGGAGAAACCAUAUUGCUGUUCUGAUUGUGGCAAACGAUUCUGCACCAGUAGCAGUUUUCAGACCCACAAAAGAAUUCAUACUGGAGAGAAGCCAUAUUGCUGUUCUGAUUGUGGUAAACAUUUCUCACAAAUCGGUCAUCUUCAGAUUCACACAAGAAUUCACACUGGAGAGAAGCCAUAUCGCUGUUCUGAAUGUGGAAAACAAUUCAACACUAGUAGCAGUCUUCAAAGACACACAAGAAUUCACACUGGAGAAAAACCGUUUUGCUGUUCUGAAUGUGGUAAACAGUUCACCAUCCGUAGUGAUCUUCACAGGCACACAAGAAUUCACAAUGGAGAGAAUUCACACUAGAAAUGCCUGAUGGAUUAAUGGUGAAGAAGGAAGGAAUGGAGGAAGAAGUGAAAUGUAACCCUCCUAACUACUUGAGUUUUGAUGGGUACCUUCACAUAGUGGGCUUCACUGUGUAAGAUCCGCACCAAGUCUCAUCAGGGUAGAACUACUUUCAAAGCAUGAAAAGGAUCCACAAAAGUAAUCCAUACCGGUCGCACAGCUCCCAAAAAGGUGCCCUCCACCUGCCUUGGCACUUAUGCUAUCAUCAGCUAAAUUAAGAAAAAGAAAAAAAGAAACUUGGAAUGUUCUCAAAGGCAGCAUAUUUUCAAAUGAAUGCAAAAGUGAAGGCAUGUAAGUACAGCAGAUUGAAAGUGACAACAAACACCUAUGUGCCACACACAUUGCCCACAAAGGAAGGUGACUUUAAAUGUUUAGGGAGCAGACUGACCAGAAAGAGAAACAUCAAUAACAUUUACAAAAGAAUAAGGCAACUAAAGAGGGUACCCUGAGAAAAAGACCCCAUCAACAGAGGACAAAGAAAUCUGGGGAAUCAAAGAAUAUCUCCAGGGCCUGAUUGAUGAAAGACAAGAACACCAAAAUCAAUCAAAGAAAGAAGUUACUGAGAAUAUCAUUAAGAAAUAUCUAAGGUCAGCAAGGCCUUAUUUGAAAUAAGGCAGCACCAAAAGAACAUCAUGGAUAUAACAACAGCAAGAUUUGAUAUGGUUUAUUAAUCUCCAAUGGGAAAUUGUCUUUUUGCAUGACCCUUGGAAGUCAGUGUGCAGGGUCAGAUCUCGUACUGCACAGCAAAAUUCAUAAUCUGUAAAGUAACAGAGCAGAGGAAUAUCAAAGUGAGGAGAAAUUGAAGAAACUAUUCUCUAUCACCAAUGAAAUAAAUCAAAGAAGUUUUUAAGGAUUGAAAUUUGGUAGUGCCAUUAAUCAAAGCAAAUAUAAAAGGCACAAGGUCCUCGGCAAAAUGUAACUAGCUGUGCUCUGACUAGCCAGAGAACAGCCUAAAGUACUGCACACCAAUUACAAUGUCAAAGUCCGUACAUCCUAAAACUAAACAUCCCAUGAUCUGAAGGAGGUAUGUGCACAUCAAUACUCAUGGGACUACAGGUACACCUAAUGUAUUCCCCAGGCCAAUGUCAAUGAAAGUAUUUCAGUACAAAGUGAAACAUAUCAAGCAACCUCAAUUAUAAAGAUUGUUCAGACAUCGAGAACUAAAUAUUAAAUGGGAAUUCACCCACCUCGUGCUCAGACGGCAACAGUACAACAGCCUUGAUGGCAAACACAGGAUUUCAGAAGGCUUGACUCACAGAAAAGGGAAAAAAAAACUGAAAAGAUGACAAAUACUGGAUGACGAACGUAUGGAGAGUUCCUGUUCCAGUCUCACCCAGAUGUGCAGUUAAACCUGUGGAUGACUUGGAAGAUACAAACUGAGACCUAAUUGUGGUCACAGAAUAGCAGCCUGCUCACAAGGCGGUUCAAGGCUACAGUUAAAAAAUAUAUAUAUAUAAAAACACACACUUACUUAGAAAAGCAGAAACGGCACCGUCGGCACAGAGCAAAGAGUUCCAUAAAAUGAAAACCCACUGGGCACUCAUCAAGAAAGACAAGUGAGGAGGACUCCACAGGCGAGAGAAGCUGCAGAAGAUAGGAGAGUGAGGUGGAGCAGACGUGUGUGUCGAUCUCACCCAAGAACGCCAGAGUGGCUGGAUAUUAAACCCGUCUCUUCU